AUGAUUCCAAAAGGUAAACUGGAGGGCAAGGACACCAUGGACACUGCUAAAUUAAUGACUGAACACUAUGGAGAGAAGGAGGCUUUACUGAAUCACAAUAGACAUUCUACUGAAAUAUCGAUCAGCGUGAACUUGCUCUUCAGCUGGAAAAAAGGAUGGGUCAACUGGAGCAGUGGUGUCUCUCAAAAGAAGUGAUAAAGAAAGAAGCAAACCAGGGAGACAAACUAAAGAAUUUGUUAACUUGUGGUGGGAACUCACUGGACAACUAUGGCAGAUUUGUUGUUGUUGUGAACAAAAGCAGUCCAGAACAAGUGCAGUAUCUCCAGUUUUUGAAUAUGUUGAAACUGUUCUGUGUGUUAGACUUUGACCCCAGCUCUGUUGCUCCAGGUGGACUGUGUCAUUCCUACAGAGAGUCAAGGGUGGCCAAUCUGCAUACCCCAUCACAAUAUCAAGGACAGACUGACUCAGUGAUUAAGAGCCUUAACCUCUACAAACAGACCAGCUGGGUCUUCUGCAAUGGAAGAAAUGACCUUGACAGUGACUCAGACAAGGAGUUAGACUAUAACAACUGGCUGAAGAAAUCUUGCAAAGGUGUAGAAAACUUGGUUUCAUUUGUUUGCAACCCUGAGGUUCUUCCCACUGGAAGAUGCCUCAUCAUAUUCCUCCUACUUUCACCUGUGGACACUCAGAAAGACCCAAUCUUUGAGAUCUACAAGGCCUUUAUAAAAGAGACUGAAGAGGAAAGCAUCAUCACUAUUUGUGGACCUCAGAGCAAGUAUGAAAAAUGGAGGGAGAUGAUACAAGAAAUGUCUGGCUCCGACAUCGACAAACAAUCUAUAUAUGAGCUGACCCUCAGAGAGGUCCAUGGAACAGUAAUAGCACUGGGGCCAUUCAAUCAGUCAUCUGGAAGGCUGCUUCCCUCUUCUGACUCCAGUUUUGUUGUUCUAAAGCAGAAGGACGAAGACUUAUUGACAGCUCUAGAUAUUUUAUGUCGGAAUCAGUGUGAAAACAUUUAUGAUGAAGAGAGUCAAGAGUUUCGUGACUUCAGAAUCAAAGUUGAAGAAGAAUUCUACAGAGGAGGCAAAGUCAAAUGGUGGAACUUCUACUUCUGUGACAAAGACAAAGACAAGCCAUUUGUCAAGCGGGACAAGUAUGACAAUGUGAAGAAGAUGAUUACGUCUCAAUUGAGAACUUCAAAAGACAUGUGCGUUCUGUUCAAUCUGUUUCACCACCCAGGCUGUGGUGGUAGCACCUUAGCAAUGCAUUUGAUGUGGGAUCUUCGUGAGGAGUCCAGAUGUGCCGUGUUGAAAGACAAUACACAUCCAAAAGCAGACGUUGCCAAUCAAGUAGUUAAACUCAUGAAUCUUGAAAGCGAGAGACCUUAUCCAGUUUUGCUGUUAGUUGAUGACUCAAAGGAAACAGAGAAUCCUUAUGAACUUGUAAGCAUCAUCCGUCAAGCUGUAGAGGUUUACUGUAGCAUAAAUGUGGAUAACGCAAAAAAUUGCAAAGUCAUCAUCCUCAACUGUGUUUGUUCCAAUAGCCCAAAGGAGCAAUUCAAACGACACAAUCCAAGUCAAUUCAUCACUGCUUCAUUAUCUAAAGAAGAACAAAAUAAUUUUGAGAAAAAACUCAAAGAGCUCGAAGAAACUCAUGAAAAACCUGAACACUUUUACAGCUUCAUGAUCAUGAAGAGCAAUUUUGACAAAAAGUACAUUGAUGAUAUCGCCCGUAACACACUGGAAAACUUUGAUUUCAGUUCAAAGGAAGGCCGACUGUUUGCCUUUCUGGCGUUACUGAACACCUAUGUGGCAGAAUCUGAAAUCUCUCUCUCAGUAUGUGAAGAUUUUUUGGGGAUAAAAGUGAUUCACUGGCAAGAGGAUAGUGUAAUGGACAGAAUGAAGCGAUAUUCAAACGUUCUCAUCAUAGACAAAGUUGAAGAAUGGGGAGGAUACAAAGGAAUCCGAAUCCUUCAUCACACCAUAGCAUCUGCAUGCCUAGAAGAGUUGGAGAGAAGUUGCUUUUUAAAAGUAAGUGAUAUCACUAUGGAGAUUCUUCACUGUGAUCUGUUCUUCAAUGUUGGAGUUGCCAAACACAGAUACUCAAUUCAUCAAAUGUUGAUUGAAAGGCAGCGGAAGAAAGAUGGUGUAGAGAGAGAACAAUUUUCUCCUCUCAUAGACAAAAUACACAACCAGGAAGGGAGACAAACUGUCCAACAAAUCUUUGUGAAAGCAUCAUCCAGGUUUGAAAAAAGUUUAUCUAUUCCUCAGGCACUGGCGAGAUAUUUGUAUAUCAAAGAGAGUGACUUCCCAGAUGCUGGAAAAUGGGCUGAAACUGCCAAGAACAUUAAAGAAAACCCAUUCACAUUGGACACAAUUGGGCAGAUUCACAAAAGCAAUUUAAUUUCUAACAACAACAGAGAAAAGCAGGAGACAUCACGUAAUCCAGAAGACUUAAACACAAACAUUAAAAUAGCGGAUAAUGCUAUCAGAGCAUUUAAAAGGGCACAGGAGCUGGCAAAUACAGAGGAUGAACCUGAUGAGGAAGUUGCUGAUGAUGCAUCAGAUGACUACCAAAGUUCAUAUAGUGUCUAUGGCUAUGUGGGUGUGCUGGAAAUUGCCUUUCUGGUCUUUGAGAUAUUGAGCAGAUUGCCGUUCUUCGAGAAAAGUGAUCCCAUGAGGAAGAAGUACUUCCAGAGUUUCCUUAAAAAAACAAUCCCAAUCACCAGCGUGCAUAAAGAAGAGAAUGAGAUCAACAACAGAUACGUGGAGAUCAUCAAAGAGCAUGAACCGUUUCUCCUCAGUUUGAAAACUGAAGUAAAAGAAACAUUUGAUCGUGUUAACCGUUAUUUCACGUAUACGAAAGGGAACAAUUCAGAAUAUGAUUCAAAGAAUCGUUGGACUGUCUGUGUUCUUUUUAAACAGUAUUUAGCUCUUUUCUGCACUGCACCAGAAGACAUGAAAAAAGAACGAAAAAAUAAUCCUAAUCUCAAUUUGGAAAUCGAUAUUGAAGAACACCGAUUGUUUCUUGAAGAGAAACAAGCAGAUACAUUUGCAGGGAUUCUUCAGCAUUUGGACAAACCUGGAGAAGAGAUCGAGAGGAUCACAGAACGCUAUGCAUUCUUACAACAACAACAAUUUGUCAACAAAAAACAAAAGACAAAGGAAACAAUCAAUUACAUUUUGUCAAACAUAGUUCUUUACCUUUUGAAACCAAAAUCUAAAUAUGUCAAAAGUCACAGCCAACUCUCUGAUCUACUUUUGAAAACACUGCAAGAUGUAGGACUUCGGUAUCCCUACCCAGACCCGUACUACCUGGCUCUGCUGCUGUUCUGGCCAAGUCCAAACGAGAAAAACACUGAUAUUGGGACCUAUGUGACUGCAAUUCGAAAUUCAUCCCGCAAACAUCUGUCAAUUGUUUUUAGAAAGAGAAGCACUAUUGCCUUCUUCUACUUAGGAAAAGGAGAUGGACUUGAUAGGUUUGUUUCUAAACGUAAAUUGGAUGGGACCUUUAAAAUUCGUCGUGAUAUCUUGACAAAACUUUGGUGGAACGGCGACAUAUUUAAAGAACAGCAAAUCACUAGCCGCCUUCAUCGAGUCAGUGGAAUCACUGAGGAAGGACAGGUGUUCGCCAAUUACGGAAAACUGAAAAUCCCUGUUCGUCCUGCUCUUAUUGGUGGAAUACGACAUGGUUUCAGUAGAGAAAAGGUUUCUUUCUACCUUGGUUUUGCAAUUGAUGGACUCCUGGCAUAUGACAUCCAGUAUGAAAACUACAGUAGUUAAUUGGACACAAAAGUGCAACACAAGCACUGAGACAUGAACUGUACAGCGUGAAAAUAGGUGUGGCAUCCAGUGACUCACUGUGAUUCAAACACACCUCAUAAAAACAUGAUCAAAUGACAAGUAACACAGACUGCAGGGUCAAAUUCCAGUGCUGUAGGUCUAGCUUUAUAUGUAUGUUUUCAUAUUAUUUUUAUGCCAUUUAAUCUUUUGUAAAAAUUUGUCAUCCACUUUAAGGAGUUUUUUUUUUCAUUUUGUUGUUGGAUGUGGCAAACUUACCAAACUUUCUCCUAUUCAUUUAUCUGCAAGUGCAACUAUAAUAUAUUAGUUGAGUGUAUACACAAGCACUGACGCAUGAACUGUACAAAGUGAAAAAAUAGGUGUGACAGCCAAUGUGAUGGAAAAACACACCUCAUAAAAUCAAAUGACAUGUAAGACAGAUUGUAGGGUUGAAUGUCAAUCCUGUAGCACUAGCUGUAAAUAUGUUUUUAUACUCUUUUUAUGCAAUAUACUCUUUUUUUAUACAUUUGUUAUCCAGUUGUGUUGGUUUGUUUUUGUUAUCUGUUAUAGAUUUACCUAACUGUCUGCUAUAAAUGUAUACAAGUACAACUCACAUUGAAACUAUUGCUCAUUUAAAUUAAGAAAAAGAAAUCAAGGAGGCCUCGAUCUCCCAAAUCCCAGUUAAGAACCAUUAAUCUAGCAUUCAAUUUAUUUAUUUUUAUUACAUCGCAUUAACAUUAUUAAACACACAUUGUUAAACAUUUAACAGAUAAAGUUAAUGGUGAAAAAUUGAAUUAAUAUAUUCUGUUCCCGUGUGAGAAUGUGAUUGAUUGUGGACACCAACUUCUCCAUAAGGACAUGGUUUUGCCGUAGAAAAUUGUUUGCCAUCUUAAAAUGUAUCAGGGAGUGGUCAUCUGAAUUUUUGUAUCAUAUGUAGAUUUUAAGUAUUGUAUAAUUUUGUGAUUAUGGUAUUUUGUCUUCACAGGCUGAGUUAUUUUUAUUUUGUUUGUACUUUAUAUUGUGACUGUAUUUUUGGAGCAACCUUUUUUUUUAAAAGACUUAACCUGUUGAUAACCAAUAAUCUAGCACUCAUUAAUUUUUUUUUACUUUACAUUAACAUUAUUACUUGGGCCACCCCAGUAAUAAAAAAGUCUGGACAUGCCACUGAAAUGUAUGUAUUCAUAAAGAACAUAACUAAGCAAUAAACAAAAAUCCCAUCAUGGGUUCUGUCUUAA